CCAUGGAGCUGUCGCCCGGCUGCCUCCUCCUCCACCUCCUCCUCCUCACAGCCCUGCUCCCCCUCAUCGCACAGUCUGGCCUGACCCCACUCGCAGCUGGAAGAGAGGAACUGGGGACGGUGAAGCCCGGCUACUGCUACCACAUCCCGGAGGUGGAGGACCUGCUGCACCAGGACUGCGGCGCCUGCCACAGGGACACCUCCUGCUUCCGCUGCACUGGUGAUGCCAGUUGCCCUGGUGCCACCAAGUGCUGCCCCAGCAAGUGUGGCUACACAUGCCAGGAGCCGGUGCUGGACUUCUGCUACCUGCCUUCCGUCUGCGGGAGCUGCAAGGCGCUCUUCCGCCGCUUCUUCUUCAACGCCUCCAGCCAGCAGUGUGAGGAGUUCAUCUACGGUGGCUGCGGCGGCAACAGGAACAACUUCGAGACCAAGAGCGAGUGCUUCCAGGCCUGCUCCCACAUCGUUCCAGGUGCCAGGUAGUGCUGGCCCGGGGAGCACAGUGGCCUCUGCACAGUCCCUACCCAGGGGAAGCUGCUGCUGAUGGACAUGUCCCUGUCCCCAUGGGGAGCCAUUCCCCGCAGGGCUGGCAGUGAUGGGUGCUGCUGGCCAGGGUGGCUGUGCUGGGGGCUGCGGCUCUCCCAGGGAUGCUCACCAGCCCAAGGGCAUGGAUGUGCACCCGCAGUGGCACGGCUGCCCCCUCCUGUGCCAUGAUGCCUGGCAGGAGGAGCCUGACCCUCCCUGGGCUGUGACACUUCAAUACAAGGACAGGUCCUUGGAUGAGCA